GCCGGUGCGCCUGCCUCACUGUGCCGCAGCCGUCGCCACGGCCAGCUCCACCCUCUCUACCUGCAGCACCAACCACUGUUCCUCGGCUACUACUCCUACUCGGCGCGAAACCUUAUCCUUUCCCCGUAUGCUCAGCCCGCCACUAGGGAGCAAGAAACACAACACGCGUGCCACCAACGCAGCGAGCUCAGAGCCCUCAGAUACGCAUCAGUUGGCAGGCUGGGCCGCAGCGGCAAAGCUGCGGAGGGGGAGAGUGAUAAGUAGUAGAGUGGGGCGGGGGCGGGGUGUUGGUACACGCGCAGCCCGCGAGUAGACGAUACAUACCGCGCGUUGCUUGCCACACCGGGGGAAGCGGCCGCGAGCGCACGCGCGGGGCGAGCGGGCGAAGCUAGCUAGCUAUCUAGUGCCCGUCGGCCGGCCGCGAGCCCGCCCGCCAUGUCGGCGCUAGUGGACGCGCUGUGCGCGCCGCCAGGCGACGCCGCGGCGCUCAUCUACGACACCUUCAACGCCGCCAGCUUCCUCUUCGACGGGCCCGCGGCGGCGGCGGCGCUGUACGACGGCGCCGGCAUUGUCGAGUGCCCACCGCCGCCGCCCGCGCAGCAGCAGCAGGCGGCCGAGGCCGCGGGGGAGACGACGCAGGCGGCGACGUCGUCGGCGCCGGCCAGGGUCAGGAAGCGGCGCCGGUGGGCGCGGAGCUGCAAGUCCAGGGAGGAGACCGAGACCCAGCGGAUGAUGCACAUCGCCGUGGAGCGCAACCGCCGCCGCCAGAUGAACGAGUACCUCGCCGUGCUCCGCUCCCUCAUGCCGGAGCCCUACGUCCAGAGGGGCGACCAAGCUUCCAUUGUCGGAGGGGCCAUCGAGUUCGUGAAGGAGCUCGAGCAGCAGCUGCAGUGCCUCGAGGCGCAGAAGCGAACGCUGCUGGUUCAUCAGCACAAGGCGGCCAAGCCCGACGCGACGCCGAUGCAUCACUCCACCACCACCACCAGCAGCACCAAGGCCGCAGCCGGCACCACGGCCUGCGUGGAGCCCGCGGCGGCGGCGACGACGACGAGCAACUGCAGCAGCAGCGUGACCGAGGACGCGGCCGACCACGCGCCGCCGCCCCCGUUCGCUCAGUUCUUCUCGUACCCGCAGUACGUGUGGUGCCACUCGCCGCGCGACCCCGCGUCGUCGUCGGCGGCGGAGGACGGCGGCGGGCGGCCGGGGGUGGCCGACAUCGAGGUGACCCUGGUGGAGACGCACGCCAGCCUCCGCGUGAUGAUGCCGCGGCGGCCCGGGCAGCUGCUCGGCCUCGUCGCCGGGCUGCAGGCGCUCCGCCUCGGCGUGCUCCACCUAAGCGUCACCGCGCUCGAGUCCCUGGUCCUCUACUCCAUCAGCGUCAAGGUGGAGGAAGGGUGCGGCCUGGCGACGGUGGAGGACAUCGCCGCCGCCGCGCACCACGUGCUCUGCCUCAUCGACGCCGCCGAGCCCGCCGAGCAGCAGGUGCUCGCCGCCUCGGACCCGCGAUAGGGCCGCCUCCCCGCGAGGGGAGCCGGCCGACGACGACGUCCCCGGCGAUCGAGGAGACAGGAGAUCGAGAGCCAUUUGAUGCAGGUGCCGUGGCUCCGGUCACGCACACGGCCGGGUCCUUUCGGCCGAGGCGGCCAAGCGGGCUUGUGAGCGAGCGAUGCCGAGCGCGCCUCGUGUGUUUGCCGUGCGUGCGUGUCCCCCCGUUUUUUCUGUGGACGGAACUCCCGUUCUGCAGGGUUCGGUGGAACGCCUCGAGGUAACUGUGUAGUUUGUUUUUUUUUUGUUUUCUUUCUUCACUUUUUUUUGUUUUUCAAGUAGAUGUCCAAGCGUGUUGUUAGUGUCGUCGCAUUGUUUCGCCUCUCAUUUUUUAUGUGUAAGGUUAGCUUCUCCAGCUCCGUAUUGCUCACAAGAAUCCACAUUCCACAGCUCUUCGAACAGUCACUUUUUUUUUUGAGAGGACUUCGAGCA